AUUCAUCUUCCUACCAGAUGUAUGGGAUGGAGUCGUCAUGUCUGGACCUGGCUCUGGAAGGUGAGCGGCUCUGUAAGGCUGGUGACUACCGAGCCGGUGUGUCUUUCCUAGAGUCUGCCAUCCAGGUUGGAACAGAGGACCUCCAAAUCCUCAGUGCCAUCUACAGUCAGCUGGGAAAUGCCUACUUUCACCUGCAGGAGUAUAACAAAGCCCUGGAGUACCAUCGCCAUGAUCUCACACUUACUAGAACCAUUGGAGAUGAACUUGGUGAGGCCAAAGCCAGCGGUAACCUCGGGAACACAUUAAAGCUUUUAGGACGGUAUAAUGAAGCAGUGGUUUGUUGCCAACGACAUUUGGAUAUCACCAGAGCCGUGUAUGAUAAGGUUGGGCAAGCUCGAGCGCUGUAUAAUUUCGGGAACGUGUACCAUGCCAAGGGCAAGGGCAUCUGCUGGAGUGGAGCGGAGCCAGGAGAGUUUCCAGAGGAAGCAAGACUUGCUUUGAGGAACGCUGCACAAUACUACGAAGCAAACCUGAGCCUGGUGAAGGAGUUAGGCGAUCGAGCAGCCCAGGGUCGCACCUAUGGAAACCUAGGUAACACAUACUAUCUGCUGGGUGACUUUGAAACAGCAGUAGCAGCACAUGAAAAGCGGCUUCUCAUCGCUAAAGAGUUUGGGGAUAAGUCUGCUGAGAGGAGGGCACAUUGUAACCUUGGUAAUGCUCACAUAUUCCUCAGCCAGUUUGAAGUGGCAGCUGGUCAUUACAAGAGGACUUUGCAGCUGGCCAGGCUUUUGAAGGACAAGGCGGUGGAGGCCCAGGCCUGUUACAGUUUAGGCAACACCUACACACUACUGCAGGACUAUGAGAGAGCCAUUGAUUACCAUCUCAAACAUCUGGUAAUUGCUCAGGACCUCAACGACAGAGUCGGUGAAGGAAGAGCAUACUGGAGUCUAGGAAAUGCCCACACAGCCCUAGGGAAUCAUGAGCAAGCCAUGUACUUCGCGGAAAAACAUCUGGAAAUUGCUAAAGAGACUGGAGACAAAAGUGGCGAGGUGACUGCGAGGAUGAACUUGUCAGAUUUACGGCUGGUUGUAGGCCUGAAGUCCAACCCCAACAUCCAUUCCAACAUCUUCCGCAACACCAACACAAAUAGCUCUGGUCUGCCAGUGAGCCACCAGGGCUUCCUCAACCUCUCAGGGGUGAAGACUCCAGCAAGGAGGACAGUCAGCACAGAGGACCUGGAAAUCAGUCCAUGUCCUGACAAAAAUCCAGCUGGCAAUUCACCAGUACCUCCAGACUGGGAGGGGGAGGUGUUCCCGAAGUCUUCAAAAACGGACACAAUUAAGGCUUCCACUAAACUUUUCCUCUUUCACCGGCUAAGAAGCAAGAAGCACAAGAACAACAAAUUAUCUCCUAAAGGCCAGCAUGAAAACAGCACAGAACCCUCAGCACCUGAACUGAACCGACCGGAGUCACCUAUGCAUGGGUCACGGGACACAAUCGGAGAGGAUGGCUUUUUCGAUCUCCUCUCUCGUUUCCAGGGCAACAGGAUGGACGACCAAAGGUGCUCUCUACUGGAUGGCCAGAGCCAUCACACUGCCCAUUCCUCUCCCUCCUCCACCCCACCUGUAGCUGAAAGGAAAUCUAUUUUGGAGCGCGAAACCCCAUUGCAGGAUCCUGGUCAUUUCCUGGAGCUGCUGGCCAGCUCCCAGGGCCGUCGUCUGGACGACCAAAGAGUCAGCAUGUGCCAUUUUCCUGGCUUGAAACUCAGCACCUCCAACCCGCCUCGUACACUCUCCACCUCCAGCACAGAUCAAGUCCCCACACAAGCCCCAAUCCCCAGUACAGAAACACCUCACACACCCUCCCUAUACAGUCGUAUCGAGGCCAGUGCUGACCAGCCUGAGGGGGAUGAUGUCUUCUUUGAUAUGCUAGUUAAGUGCCAGGGCUCCAGGCUGAAUGACCAGAGGUGUGCUGCACCAUCUUCUCCAACAAGAGGACCAACUGUUCCAGAUGAAGAUUUCUUCAGUCUCAUCUUGCGUUCCCAGUCCAAUAGGAUGGAGGAACAGCGGGUCCUGCCGCCAUCUGGUCUCGCUCAAUCCAAACCAGACUGAUUUAAUGGAGCUAUUUUAUCAUGUUCUCUCAGGAUACAAGAUGAAGUCACCAAGCUUCCAUUAAUUUUGUAUUUUUUUUUUUAUAAUCAAGAUUUAGAUUUUUAACCCACUCCUACCUUGACUCUUGCCUUUCUGGAUUAUCCAACAACAUUCCUGUGAGACUGACAAGAAUACAGGGGAUGCUAUGCGUAUUCAAGGUCUCAGAUAAUACAACAAUUGGUCAUUGUGACUGUAAAAUUGUGGGAUGUUUUACGUUUUCAAGACCUAUGACUUGUUUUUAGCUAGCUGGUAGACUAUCUGGAUUGCUUGUCAGUACCUUUUGACGUCUUUCUACUCAGAAAGUACGAAUCAAGUCACUCAUACAAAUUCUUGCUUUUUUGGUUUGACUAAGAGAACUGUAGUUUAAUGUUAUAGGCCAAGCCAAAGAGAUCGGUGAUUUUAUCUUUUAGAGGUUCUGCAAUCAAGGAAGCUGGAACAUAGUUGGGACUUUUCAGCCCGUUUGUUAUUCAGUUAAUUCACCAAAAGUGGAGCAUUUGGUUUGAAUGAAGUUCGAACUUCUCCAUCACCUCCUCAUCAGAGGGUCAACAGACAAACCUCUUCUGGGGGAAUAAAUGGACAUCUCUACUACCCCCAUUUUAAACCUCUUGGUGACUGCUGGGACAUUUAUAAUAUGUUUUUCAGAUGUUACUUUUGAAGACCAUCAAUUUUACAUUGUUCACAGAAACUCUACAGUUUGUACCAUGUGAAUUAUUGCCAUGAACUGAUGAAUGGGAUUUUUUUUGCACAAGACUUGACAAGGAACUUACUAGUGUGAGAAAAAAAAAUGUUAUAUUAGCUUUUAUAUUACUAUAACUUCU